AUGCAAGCGUCAGCUAUACCAUUUGAAGCAAGCAUAUUUCGCCUCGUUAAUUGUUCCGUUCUACCUCGACUAGAUGGCGGCCCCGGGCCAUCUACCUUCAAUAUCACCACAGAUAUUGACAGAUCUGACCUUCCAUUAAGAUUCGUCCUCGAAACCAACGACGACCUCAUAUCCCAACACGCCUAUGUCCACAAUUUAGAUGUCUAUGGACGAAGUGCAGGCGAGGGAACCAUCAGCUCUGGGCUCUAUUUGACCAAGGGUUCAGUAUGGACACAAGAAGCACCUGGCGGAGGAUGGAAAAAUGUUGGAUGGGCCAGGCUUGCUGUAAAUCAGGAGAAAGAGGCUCUUUCAUUCGACGGUACAUUCACGAUUUUGUCCUCGCAGUAUGAGAUUCAGCUGGAGGCACAGGAGGAUGGGCCCACGAAAAUGAUAGCCCGCAAACGUGAGUCAGAUUUCCCAACCGGAAAUCGAAUGUCAUCGGACUCAAUCUGUGCAACCGCACCGGAAGACGUUCUGAACAAGCGACAGCUUGAAUGGAAUGCAUGGGGCGACAACCUAGCAGAUAACAUCGGCAAUACAUAUGGAUGUCCGCAAACGAGGCAAAUUGCGCACAUCGGUAUUGCGACUGAUUGUACUUACACCGCAAGCUUCAAUUCUUCGGACUCUGCCCACCGAUACAUUCUGAAUAUGGUCAAUACAGCCUCCGUUGUCUUUGAGAAUAGUUUCAAUAUCUCACUCAGUAUUCAGAAUUUGACUAUGAGCAAUGCCGAGUGCCCGACUAGCGUCUCGGCUUCGACAGACUGGAAUGCCCCGUGUUCGGUGGGAGAUUUGAACACGCGCCUUCAAACCUUCUCUUCGUGGAGAAGUUCGAUAAAUGACAACAAUGCAUAUUGGACUCUUUUGACUGGAUGCUCGGUGGGUGCAGGUCAGGUUGGCGUUUCCUGGAUUGGGGCACUAUGCAAUUCUGGCUCUAGGUAUGGCGCAUCGAGUGCAAAUGUGGUGGCUCGAACACAGACGGAAUGGCAGGUGUUUGCUCAUGAGUCAGCUCAUACAUUCGGCGCCGUCCACGAUUGUAACUCCCAGUCAUGUGGAACAGAGUCAUCGUCAUCUCAGUGUUGCCCAAUGUCUUCCAACACGUGUGAUGCUGGCGAACAAUAUAUCAUGAACCCAGUAUCUGGGCCAGGCAUGACCCGUUUCUCUCCCUGCACUAUCGGAAAUGUUUGCUCGCGGAUGGGUUCUGGCCGAGUUGACGCGCGCUGCUUGGUGGACUCUCGCAAUGGAAAUAACACUGGCCGUGACGGCCAGUGUGGCAAUGGUAUUAUCGAGGCUGGGGAGGCAUGUGACUGUGGGAAUGGGUCUUGUGACGAGCAGGAUACUAGAUGUUGCGACUCUGUGACGUGUCAAUGGAGGGGAGGAGACGAGUGCAGCAGGUCGGAAACUGGACAACGCACUGGACAAGGGCGAGAAAAUAAUGGAAUUAGCCAACCAGAUCGUGACUCAUUGUCGUGGAUAGAUGACCAUUUGCCGCUGGUUAUUGGACUUGCUGCCGGGAUUGGUGGAGCUUUGCUCCUACUGGUGUUUGGGUGUAUAAUCUGUUCUUGCCGGCGUGAUCGCCAAAGGAAUAUGUCAAAUGCUAAACCAACCUGA